AUGUUAGAUCAUAAACGAAAUCUAUCCUUAAAAAAUAUCAAUGUGAUUGUUAGUUGUUAGAAUAAACAAGUGAGCAUCGAGAUUUCUAUUGAAAAGAAUGCUGCUGAGUUGAUGAACAAAUUAUAUCAACAUCCUGAAACACCUAAUGCUUAAUAGAUUGUGGCAUUAAGAACAGCUUCUCACUCUAUCACCUUAGAUUACCUACUGUCAAUUCCCAAUGAAAGAGCCUAACUAUCAAUUGAUAAGAUUAAAUAAGAAAAUUUAAUUGCAGUCUACGGAAAACCAUAACCUAAAUCAACAUUGAGUCUAAGAGAUUUCAAAUUUGAAAAUUGCAUAGGAAGAGGAGGAACAUCUGAAGUUUAUUUGGUUCGACAUUGUGCAUCCGGUCGAUUGUUUGCACUUAAAAUGAUAAAGAAACAAUACAUAACUGAUUGCAGACGCUUGGAGCAAGUUCUGAGAGAGAAGAAAAUCUUAUCCUAAGUAUUGAAUCAAUCUAAAUUUGUAAUCCCAUUGUAUGCAACCUUCGCAAUCAAAGAUCAUCUCUGUUUUCUAAUGGAAUAUUUACCUGGAGGUGAAAUGUUUUAUCAUCUUCAACAUUAUCGCUUCUCAGAUGAGGAGGCAAGACUAUAUAUAAGUGAAGUUAUUUGUGCUUUAGAAGACUUGCAUCAACAUAACAUCUUAUAUAGAGAUCUUAAACCUGAGAAUAUCUUAAUUGAUCUUAAGGGUCAUAUUAAACUCACAGAUUUUGGACUCUCUAAACUUGAUUUGAAGGAUGACCAACUGGCAAAUAGUUUUUGUGGAUCACCUGAGUAUAUGCCACCUGAAGUGGUCAAUCGACAAGGUUACUCCUAUCCAGCUGAUUUCUACACCUUGGGUUGCUUGCUUUAUGAAUUACUUCUUGGGAUACCUCCUCAUUACUCUUAAAAUACAGAAGAGAUCUUCUAUAAGAUUCAAAAUGAAGAGAUCACAUUUUCAGAUGAGCUAAGUCCUGAUGUGCUUUAUCUACUCUAGAAUUUGCUAGAAAAGGACUUUAAUAAGAGAAUUCAUGAUUUUAAUACUCUCAAAAAAAAUCCUUGGUUUACUUCUAUUGAUUGGUCUGCUAUUUAGACUUAAUCAAUUAAAGAAAUGCCCAUAUCUUUUAAUUUGAAAGACACGAAUAUACAUGAAGAGUUUUUGUAAAUGGAUGUUAGCCAUUUAAAUUAAAAAAAUGAUGCUGGAGAAUUAAAUAGUUGUGAUGAUCUCUUUGAUUUUUUUAAUUUCGUUAAUGAAUCAUUAAAAGAUGUGUUUUAAUUCAAACCAAAAUUAAGAGUAUAGAGUGAUCACAUAAUUGACUUAAAAUUACUAUAAUUGAGAAAAUAAAGCAACACUAAUUAAAAUAUUAAUUCUAAUAGUAAUAACAAUAAAAUAAUUAAUAAAAAAAAGAAUCUAAAAUUAAAUUUAUAGGAUAUUGAAAAACAAAAGAAAUUUAGUCAAAAAAUGUCCUUAACUCCUUAAAACAUUAUGCCUCUUUCCUUACUACGCAAGUCGUUCUAGAAUUUAAUCAGAGAUAAACCUUAAAAUAGAAAUUAGGAAAAGCAACCAACCUAUACAUCAGUUUUAUCAGACAGACCAGCAUUCGAUAAAAAUUAAGUCCUAAAUAUGCUGUCGACCUUGAAUUUUCAAAAAAAAGGAUAGAGUUCUCUCCAUCAGUAGACGUCUUGGAGACCUAUGGAAAUUAAAAGAGGGUCUAGCUCAUCAGCCCAUCUUAAGUCUAAUAUAUAAAUAAUAAGUAAAAAAUGA